AUGUGGUCUUCGCGAGAAUUCGUGGAUUUCAUUCCUGCGGUGGUCUCUCUCACUGUCGAUCUUUUCAGUGCGCUCUUUGUUUCCGUGUUUAUCUCCUCUGCCGGGCCUCUCUAUCUUUCAUUUCUAUUCAUUGCAGUAUUAGACCUGGGAGAGGCUGCUCUGGAACUCCGCGAAGUACAAACGAAUGCAACCGCCGUAUUGAAGAAUCUUCAGGAUCAAGGAGAUUCCUCCGAUUCGUGUCGUGCUAAAGCGAAAAAACUGGAUAAAAGCUCGGAGAAACCUGAUCUGCUGGCAAAGAUCACUGCGGUGACUCAGAAUCCGACUGCGUUUGACGUGGUAUCGAUGAAGCGUACUCGGUUGUGGGCGUGUUUGCCGCACACUUUGACCAGUGAUCAAGCCAAACAGUUUAGUGGCGUUAGAGGCAUUGGGUUUAUACCGUUGAACAGGUCUCUUAUCGUUACGAAAAGCGGAUGGAUUCCCGUCAAGACAGAAUCUAAACACAAGUCGACAAGCUCGGUCAAAACCAAAUCUAACGAUAAUAAGACUAAGAGUGGUGAAAAUUCGAGGCGAUUGGUGGUGCAGAGUCUACAACUACUUUUCCAUUGCGAAUAUCUAGCAUGGGUGGAGUACGUUGAGUGUGUUGUUCCGCUAGUGUUCGUCACAUACAAGCUGGUGCUCCAUCAGCUUCCUAAUGCUGCUUACUACCCCGAUACCCAAGGUGACUGGAACACAGCAGCUCUCAUCAAUAUGCUGGUGUUUGCUGCUCUCGAAGUUGGGUCGCUUCUGCUGUUGCAUCAUUCUCUCCAGCGCAAGUUUGCCUUCUCCCCGUUGUAUCAGCUUGCUUUUGCGCUUGAAACGCAAAUGUUUCUGGUCCAGGCAGGUCUCUUUCUCGAAAUUGUGGUCUUACUACCGUACGAGCUGGUACAUUUCGGUGCGGAUUUUACUUUCCAGUUCGAGUGGCUUCAUCCUAGAAAAUAA